GUUAGAAUCAGAAAUUGGGGAAUUUCCAUUUCUUGAGGAGCAGGUGAGGUGUAAGAAUCUUGUAACAGUACCCGCCCGACGACGAAACUCGCAAAUUCUCCUUCAUCAUUGAGCCUCGAAUUUUCCAGCAAAGUCAUAGUUGCCGGUGAAGGAUGGAGGGAGAGAGCUCGCAUGGAGGUGGCGCCCACGCCGUGUCCGGGCCUGAUGCCACACAAUCUCCUUCGGCGUCCGCCGCCCGUGUUCGGGCCAGGCCCGACUCUUUCUUGAUAGCCUGCAGAUGCUUCAGCUUCAUUACUUCUUUGGCCGCUAUCCUGUGCAUCGUUGUCAAUAUUCUCUCUGCUGUCCGAUCCUUCAGGAACGGAUCUGAUAUAUUUGAUGGGAUUUUCCGGUGUUACGCUGUGCUUAUAGCUGUAUUCGUUGUCGUUGCCGAGACGGAGUGGGAAUUCGUUAUGAAGUUUUGGAAGGUUCUGGAGUAUUGGGCAGGCAGGGGAAUGCUUCAAAUCUUUGUUGCAGUGAUGACCAGAGCUUACCCUGAGUAUUUAAGGAACCAUCAAGAGCUUUUUCUUCUCCAGAGCAUAGCUAGCUACCUGCUCCUUGCAUGUGGCGUGGUUUAUGUUAUAUCAGGAAUAUUGUGCAUUGGCAUGGUCAAGCGUGCUCGCCAGAAAAAAGAAAUUUCCAGGGAGCAAGCGAUAAGGGAUCUUGAGGAUCUUGAGCGUCGUAGAGAAGAACUUGAGACAUUGUUGCUCCCACAUGCUUGAUCGAGUCAUGGCUAUGGGCAGAGAAAAGCUGUACUAUGAACCUGGCUGAGCAACAUGUCGCAAUCCCUGAUCCCACUAUUCGAACUCUAACAACCACAAAUUUAGUUCGAAGAGGAGUUUUUAUCUAAUGAUUGAAUCCCAUUUUGGAGUCUGUUGUACACUGACAGAGACUUUAAUCGGCUAUAUUCUUAGAUCAUAGAUAACUAUGUCGAGCCAUCACCCAGUUGUAUGCGAAGAAUGAACUUUACUUGAGAUUGUUUUUAGUAUAUUCAAAUUUCAAAUUGAUAAACCA